UAACACAUGAAGCUUUGGCUUCACUCUUCAGAAAUGGAGGUUUCCACCUGGUACCAUGGAACCCAUUUUCGUUUCGAUAUCAUGACAUGGUUGGUACUCAUGGAUGCCUUCGGCCAUCUAGUUUAUAUGAUAUCAGUAUCUUCACUUAAACUUAAAAACCUCCUACAGCCUCUGAAAGACAGGAAAGGACGCCGUCGUCCAACGAAUGAAUCUGAAUCUGGUUUGUAGUCUGAAUCGGUUAAAAUAAGAGAUUACAUCAAAUGUCUUCUUUCCUCCUGUUUUUAGGAAAAGAACACAAGCACUCAAGUUCAAGAUGAGUUUCUAGAGCUGUUGCUGUGGGGACAGUCGAGCCCUGAGCUACAGGCUCUCCUCAUGAACCAGCUGACCGUCAAGGGCCUGAAGAAGCUCGGCCAGUCCAUCGAGUCGUCUUACUCCAGCAUCCAGAAGCUGGUGAUCAGCCACCUGCAGAGCGGCUCUGAGGCUCUGCUGUACCACCUGAGUGAGGUGAAAGGCAUGUCUCUGUGGAAGCAGAAGUUCGAGCCCCUCGGUCUGGAUUCAGCAGCUAUAGAAGGUGCGAUCACCGCCGUGGGCUCGUUUUCUCUGAAAGCCAACGAGCUUCUGCAGGUGAUCGACAAGAGUAUGAAAAACUUUAAAGCCUUUUUCCGCUGGUUGUAUGUCGCCAUGCUCAGAAUGUGUGAGGAGCAUGUUCCACCAGAACUCAACAAGAUGACUCAGAAGGACAUCGCCUUUGUCGCUGACUUCCUGUCGGAGCACUUCAGCGAGAAUGAAGAACUCUUUGACCGUAAAGGGAAAUACUUCAACGUGGAACGAGUUGGUCAGUACCUGAAGGACGAGGACGAGGACCUGGUGUCUCCUCCCAACACCAAGGGGAACCAGUGGCUCACGUUUUUGCAGGAGAGCACGCACCUGAAGGAGAGCCCUUUGCUGUUCCCUUCAUUUCCCCAAAAGUCUUUGCACUUCGUGAAGAGGAUGAUGGAGAACGUGAUCGAGCAGUGUCUCCAGAAACCUGCAGAAGUAAUUGGGAAGUCUGUAAAACAGGCCGUGUUUUUGCCCCUGUACAUCGUACCAGAGAGCUCUGAAAACACUCCACGACUUUUUGAACUCCCAUCUUUGUGGAACGACAAGAAAGCCAAAAUGCACCAUGUUGUGUUCUGCAUGCCGGAGAUUUCGCCCUGCAAGCUCUACCUGUUACGGAGAGGAACCGACCCGAACAGACAUAUCUCCAACAGUGUGAUGUCCAUUCACCUCAGACACCAUCUUGACAACGCAGAUGAAGAUAACGCUGCAGCCCAGACUAGCUACCUUCACAGCUGCCUGGAUGCCCGUUUCUAUGAUGAUGAGAUGCUGACUGUGGUCUUGCAAGGAUCAGAAGAGGACAACAGAAGGCGUGUGCUCGCUCAGCUUCCUCUGGCUUCAGCGCUGAGCUGUGAGACGGAGUUCAACUGGGAGCCGAACCUGAGGUUGGACCAGCAGAGCAGCGCCAUCCCGAGUCACGGCCUGGUUUUGGGGAAUCAGUGGCGUGAACUGGAAAACAUGAAGGCUCAGUUUGUAGCUGUCAAUGGGAUCCGGAAAGUGGCCUGUGUGCUAAGUGCCAAUCUCAGGCACAUCCGUGUCUUUGAGAUGGACGUAGAGGACGAAGACGACGAGGGAGCCGAGUCUCAGAACGCCAGCGCCGACCAGGACGGACUGGACGCCACGAUGACCAGCGAGGGGCCGGAGGAGGAGAGCGUGGAGGCUAAAGGUGGAGAGAGAGGAGGCGACGCCUUUAGGAAAACUGAGGAGCAACUGGAGUCAGAGGAAGCUCUUUAACUCCGUUAAAAGACUGAGACACAGAAACGAGAUACGUACAUGUAAAUGUGACAUUUGUUUUUGUAUCUGACAAUAAACACAAAUCAACAGGUUUGUGUUCAUAUUUGUUGAAGCUGUUGAUGAUGUUUUCGGGUUGUUCGUCCGUACGCGAUAUUUCAGGAACGCCUGGAGGAUUUUAUUCCAAUUUAGCGCAUGAAUCCACAAGGAUUCAAAGAGGAACUGAUUAGUUUGUCACUGUGACCUCACAAAACACACUUUUUGGACAUAACUGAAGAAUUGAUAUGCUACACAUAACAGGAAAAAAUUAUGACUUUUUGGACAGACAUGAAUGUAAACUUCAACUGGACUGGUUGGCGGAGGAAUACAACCUUGAGGAGUAAUUCUAGUUUUGUAGUAAUGUACAUUUUAAUUAAUUUAUCUUUUUUUUUUGUCAUUGCUAUUCACUUUAUACUUUCCUGUAGGGAUUAAUAGGAAAAGCACUGUAUUCCUGUUGGUCAAAGUAGUUCUCAAUUUACAGAUUUGACCAGUGAUAAUACGCAAUAGAAUGUAUUUAUAUUUAAUAAUUAGUAAUAAUGAAUAGCCUAAUAAUAUCAAGUGCUACAGAAGGAUCCCCCUGCAAGAAAUAAAUACAUUCUAGAAUUUAAUUUUAGCUCUUUUUAAUAUUAGUUUUAUCAGCAACUGAAGUAUUCCUGCUGUAGGUUAAUCAGUAAAUUGAAAUAUAAUUAAAUAAAUAGUUGAGCAAAUUAAUUUAGCUGCCCAAAUGCUUGUUUAAUUUAUCUCAUUUCUUAUUAAUUAAUGUACAAAUA